CUGUUCCUAGUGAGAGAAUUUGAGAGAAUAUCGUCCUCUUUUGCGCAUCGUGCACACGAACGGAAGUCAAUAAUUAGUAUUCCAAUCACACUAUUACUAGGUAUAUAAGCAGGUGCACAUUAGUACAUACCAAUCCCUUGCCCACCUUAGUACUCUUAACAGAACUAGCUAGGAUAUCAACUCCCUAUUGCAUCUGUGAAGCUGGCUGUCAUGGGGAAUCCCGGCGCAUAUUAUCAUUCUGUUACUAUACAAGCCUUGACUGUCUUCUCCCUCGUUGCAGUUUUUGCAGCAGAUCAUGUUCAUGGAGGAAAUGAUGGGUGCUCACAUUUCUCUUGUGGACAUCUCCAAAACAUAUCAUACCCUUUCCGUCGGCGAGGUGAUCCUGUUGGGUGCGGCGCUGAAGCAUACGAGCUGGUUUGUACCAGUAGCAAGGCUACAAUUCAGAUCAACACAGGAACAUACUACGUGACUGCAAUCAACUACACCGGUUCCUACUUCUGGGUUAUGGACCCCAACUAUGAUACCAACAGCAGCUGCCCUCUUCCACAGUGGAAUCACCUUCCUUAUUCAGCCGGCAAACUUGAUUCACAUGGAUUUUGGAAUUUGGAAACUCGAAGCGGCAACUCCAUAGCAUGUUUUGCUAAUUGUUCGCGAGCAGUGAUGAAUAAUAAUGCAUACAAGCCUGUCACAUGUCUGGGUGCCAACAAUUCCCAUGUUUAUGUCUGGGUGUCUCGGUAUGGAUGUCCUGUUGGAGAACUUGAACCUUACUGUGGAUACCGGGCCAUGAUUCCAUUUAGUGAGGAUUAUUCUUCUUUUCCGCCAGGGCUACAUAAUGCAAGAUAUGCAGAUAUCACACAACUAGUAAGUAAGGGGUUUAUUGUUGAAUUUCCCCUUGAUACCAAUCGACCCAAUGAGAAGUUAAGAAUUAUCCUCAAUAUAUGCCUCAACAAUUCAAUCAGCUACUUCAAGGAGCAAAUAUCCAGUGCAAGCAUCAUGAACUGGACUCAUGCUUUUUUCUGGAGUGAGGUGCCCUUCCUGGAAUGUGUGACUCAGUACUCUUAUGAUCACAACUACACAACAACAUUUGUUUUGGUUGUUGCAACCAUAGUAUCUCCUACUGCUAUCCCCAAGUUCCUUUUCGGUACGUGAGGAUUGUAUGAUUUU